GACCCCAGGGUCCUUUCUGUAGAAUGGAGGAUACCGCGUGCUCAGGAUAAACAGCUCCUCUGAAUAAUACCACACUUUAUUAAACUAUUGAGGUACAAACACUUAGUCACAAUGGAGGAAACGGUCAGUAACGCGGUAUCUGAGGAGACUAUUGCUGUGAAUAAUGGAGACAGCACGGACACUUUCCAAAAGGUAAAGUCGAAAAAAACUUCAAAACGUAAGCGUGACCAGGGAGGAGAAGUGCAAAUGGAGUCUGAAGACGCAGUGGCACCGAAGAGACCGCAGUUUCCUCCGAUAUCCGGGGACAGACUGAAGGGCGGUGCUGACGAAAUGAGGAAAAUCCCUGUGCCGGCUCACCGAUAUACACCUCUGAAAGAAAACUGGCUCAAAAUCUUCACCCCUAUCGUCGAAAACCUGCAACUUCAAGUCCGAUUUAAUCUCAAGACGAGGAACGUUGAGAUUAAGACGUGUAAAGAAACGCAGGAUAUUGGCGCCCUUACGAAAGCAGCAGAUUUUGUCAAGGCAUUUAUUUUAGGAUUUCAGGUUGAGGACGCACUUGCACUUGUCAGACUGGAUGAACUGUUUCUGGAAACCUUUGAUGUCACAGACGUAAAACCGCUGAAAGGAGAUCACUUGUCCAGAGCUGUAGGGAGAAUAGCAGGGAAAGGUGGAAAAACAAAAUUCACCAUUGAAAACGUCACAAAGACAAGAAUCGUCCUCGCAGACACGAAGGUUCACAUUUUGGGGUCCUUUCAGAAUAUAAAGAUGGCACGGACAGCUAUAUGCAACCUUAUCUUAGGGAGCCCGCCAUCAAAGGUGUACGGGAACAUUCGGGCAGUCGCCAGUCGCGCAGCUGAGAGAUUCUAACCUCGGGCAUGACUCUUUGAUCCUCCCCUUGCAGUGCAGCUCAUGGACUGAAGCAGAUUGUGAUGUGAAAUGUCCAGCAGAUUUAUUUUUUGCUGCUGACUUGAAUCGUUUACUCAUCAGAGGACUUUUUUCACUGACUGAUACUGUAUCACAUCACUGAAACACUCAAAUAAAACCGCAUACCAUAAGGAAAUGAAA